GGUUUUCAAGGGAUGGCAUAAUCAUGGCAGCCGAUGCAUAGGAGAAUUUCGCAAUGAUAUGUUGUUGUGCUCAAUGCGUGUUGUGCGUGUGUCGUGUGUGUGUGGACAAACAACACAGCUCUCCCGCACCAAGGACAAACUUGCCGUGAGUUGAUCAACAAAACUAGCUUGAAUUUUCGGAAAUAAGAAUUUCCCGUCGUCAACCCUGAGAUUGGUAGAGCUGUCUGACAGUGGUACAUCAAGUCGCAACUACACCUAUGGGAAAGAAUGACAACUGUUGCUUAACAAACUGUCAUCGUUGUGUCAUCGUUAGUUCAACUCGGACAUCGGGCGGUCGGCGGGUAUAAACUGAGUCAAAACAAACCGGAUAUAAAAAGAUGUGUUAACUCGAAGCAGGUGUUGUUGUACACUGAGACUGUUAGCACAAGACAGAUCAUCGGUUAUGAUUUCUUAAUGACAAGGUGUCUGGAGUAAUUAGAAUGUUUCCACAUUGAUGUAACGAUUAUUGACAGAGAUUAAGGGGUUCAGCUACUCAUAGUAGAGACUCAAAAAUCCUCUCAACCAAAAUAUCUUUUUCAGAGACGAGAGACAAAGUAAUCAUACUUUCACCAUACUGUCAUAUUGGUUACAAGCAUUUCAUUCAGUCACUAUUUAAAGAUUAAUGAAAUGUUUUUCAUUUGUAUACAAAUAAAUCCAAAUCUAAAAUCUUAAAGAAAGAGCAUAAUUUGAUUCUCAGUGAUAAUUUGUUAUAUAAUCGAUCCAAAUCAAAGUUCGUAUUUAAUUGUUAACUGACAUGAAAGCUGGAUGUAGUUGAAAGCCAAAAAGUCAAAUAACUUCAGUACUUUAGUUCCAAAGAUUUGUUUUUACUACAAUUAAAAGUACUUCAUUAAAAGUAAAUUAAGUCUUUUUUUCUACAUAACAAAUCAAAACUCUUUGGUAUACCUUGAUUUCUAAGCCGUUUUUUCUACUUUACAAAUCAAAACUCUUUGGUAUACCUUGAUUUCUAAGCCGUUUUUUCUACUUUACAAGUCAGAACUCUUUGGUAUUUUGUGAUUUCUAAUCUGUUUUGCUUUCACCUGUCACAUUUGGAUUUAAUUAAUAGUACUAAACGGAAGCCCACCACCCCGAAGCCUUCCAUCCCGCCCUGUGAACUUCCACCAUUUAAAAACACUCUCUCACCACCAUAACACAGUACUUCCUACUGGUCACUGCACACCUCUCUCGUCUCAUUCUGACCAAUAAGAAUGCUUGUUACUAAGCAAGUAGGAUAUCCAGGAAGCGCGAUUUCCAAGCCCUAAGGUGUCCAGACCCAAUGAGGUGAAGUGAUUCAAAGGAGCAGACGCAGCCCUUAAGACACCAGAACUUAAUUUGAUUCAGCUCAUCUCGGUAUGUCAUGUGAGAGACUAAUCUACCUUUGAAAGCUUUUACCUAACGACGAGUUCACCAUGGAGACACCUCCGACUGCAUUUGUAUUCCCAGAGAAUCCGAGAGAUGUCUUGUGUGCUGAAUCCGACCCUAACGCAUCAUCGUUUAAAAUAGAGGACAACGAAGACCCAACUGGAAGUCAAGAUGAUGGACUGACAGCCAUGGAAGGAAUGGAAAACAGCGGACGCUCAGGUCCGGACAAUGAUCUGUGUCUACCUUGUAAAGUGUGUGGAGAUAAAUCAUCAGGAUUUCAUUAUGGCGUCAUGGCUUGUGAAGGUUGCAAGGGAUUCUUCCGCCGCAGCAUCCAGAAGAAAAUUGAUUACAAAUGUCACUUUUCAGGGAAUUGUGCAAUUGAGAGAAUCAAUCGAAACCGAUGCCAACAUUGUCGCUUCAAAAAAUGUCUAGCCGUUGGAAUGUCCAAAGAAUCCGUGAGGAUUGGUCGCUACUCCAAGCGUGUUAAACAAAACAACAUGGAUGAGAUUAAGAGAUUAUCCAGUCGCCCUGAGACUGCGGCCGAGAGGGAGGCAAGGGAACGACAUGAGAUGGAGAUAUAUACACUGUCUCAAGCUGUGUCUCAGGCUCAUAAUAUGACUUGUGAAUACACCAAGAGUAAAGUAGACGUCUUACUUCAACAACGAGAGACAAUUAUGAUGCGUCUCCAUGCAGGAGAAGACUUGAGUAUUCCUUCGAGCGUUGAUUUCAGUAAAUGGAAGCCAGAGGAGAGGUCUAAUAGUAAAGCCUUUACAUGGAGGAUCUUUAGUGAAGCUAUUAUGCCCUGUAUUCAGAGAGUGGUAGAGUUUGCUAAAUGCUUACCCGGAUUUCUUACAUUACAACAGGAGGACCAAAUGACAUUACUAAAGCAAGGUUUCUUUGAGGUAUGGAUGAUCUACUUGUCUCCGGUUAUGUUGACUGAUUUAAGACUAAUUAUUCUAAGAGAAGAUUGUGUUUUCACUCGUGAGUUUCUGGGUAAGAUGGAGACGCCUGAUCUUUGGAGACAUAUCUUUGAGUUUAGCACUGGACUUCAUCAGCUUGGCUUAACGGACAUGGAGUUGGGGCUGUUUGCUUCUAUUACUAUCAUGAGUGGGGAUCGCGGAGAGAUCAAAGAUUCAAAACGUGUCGAGGACCUCCAAGAAAAGUUCCUUGAAUGUCUCCGUCGGGAGAUAAGUCGUCGUGAAGUCAAAGACAAUCAUCUCUUUGCAAAGGUCUUAAUGAAGAUGCCACUCCUUCGAUCAACGUCUACUCUACAGAUGGAGACAAUGUUGAGAUUCAGGAUGGAGUUUCCAAACGUUGCGAUUCCUAAACUGUUUGUGGAGUUGAAUAAUGUCAGUAGUGACGAUGAUUUCAUGCCGAUGAUGACAGAGGUUCUUGGACUUAAUGGAAACAUGAGAAAAAGACCUCAUGACAUUGCAGAGAACCUUCCAUUGUCAAAGAUCACCAAAGAAGGAGGUCUCUUCCAGCCUCCUAAAGCCGUGUUUGGCGUCCCGACCCAACGCUCUCCAUCUGCCGUCUCACAAGACGAUGUCAAUAUGGUCAUGUCAUUAAUGACUGCUACAACUUAAAUAGCAAAUGCUGUUUACUGCUGAAUGGAUUGUAAGACAUGAAAUAGUUACAGACUGAUGGAAGAUUACUUCGCAAAAAAUAGUCAAUGGCCUGACGUUGAAACACUAGUGCUCAAAGUCUUUUUUUCAAAGGCUUAAAGAUUUUUUUUUUACUGAAAUGCAACAAAGUUCUAAACAAGUUGCCUGGUGCAAGAACAUGUAACUGAAAUGUGUGCCACUUUCUGAAAAAACAGGAAACAUUUUAUGGUUUUCUAAAAUAAUACUUUUCUGGCUUUUUAAAGGCAUUUUAACUGGUAAACCCACACGCCACUUUCUCGAAAAGGGGAAGAUUUUUUGGUAAAUUAAAAAUAAUUUUCCUGCUUUGUAAAAGCAUUAACUGUUAAAACCUACAACAAGCGUGUUGUGUACUACUUGGUUUGUAUCAACUUUAUUCUCUUCAGAAUGUGUCUGUUUCUUAAAAAUUAAUCUUGACUUCCAGUUCCACAAAAGGCAUUUAUGUGGAAUGGAUACUUGGCUGUGAUUGGUCAAUGCAUAUGGGCAUGGGGUUCAUUGAAUCCCUUUUUUAUUUCUGCUGUAAGCAGCGUAAAGAUAUAUCUGCUAAGCAGCGUAAAGACCUUGCACGUCUUGCGUAUAGUGGAACAUUUUUAGGACUACUUUGGUCCCACAAAUAUUGCUUUAAAACGCAUGAAGAAAACAAACUUGCGCACUUUACCGAGUCUCAUGUCCACAAUACAUGUGCGACUUGCACACUGGGAAUAAACAGUGGAUUUGAGUAAUUUGUCAACUGCCAAAUUUUAUAAAAAAGCUGUAAGCACAGGACUUGCUUAGCACAGACACAAUAAUACUAAGCAGAGACUAAAAGAAUGCUAAGCACAAACAGGUUUAGCAAAGAAAUUUGCUAAUCAAAUUGGGCUAGAUACAAAAUAUCAGUUGAUUCAAUUUCUGCUCUAGUCAAUGUUUUAUUGCUCAACCCCAAAUUAUAUUAAGAAAAACUAUUAAAAAAAAACGCAACAGGGUAUAGUAGCCAAAGCAAAUAAUUUGAUGAUCCAAUUUUUGUGAAAAUAAAAAUUAUAAAAAGCAUCUAUUUUUCUGUACAUGCUUUCCAAAUGCAUUUUGUUGAACAGAACUGUUUUGAUUAAAUGUAAAACACAAGUUUAUAUUUUUGUGACCCGUUAAACAGAAGAUUCAAAGCCCCCCCCCCCCUCAAAGAUUCUCAAUGAAGUCAGAGUAUGAAAUCCCAUAAAUAAAAUGUUUUGAAAUAUUUUGGAUUCAAUAAUGAAGAAACUUGGAUGGGGGAAUUCUUCUGCUAUAUUUAAAUUUUGUUGAAGAUACAAAGGAGUUGUAGAGAAAAUAAAUGUUUUCAAAAUUGAUUAAAAGGUAGUUUACAAGAUCAAUGUUUAAUUUAAAUCUGAAAGCUUACUGAUAACAAAGUUUAUACCACCACCAUUUUUUCCCUGAAAUAUUCCCUCUGAAAUGAAGUCAUAUUCAAUAAAAUUGUUUCUGAAAUCUUUAAAAAUAUAAAAACACAACGGCUGAUUUCAGUUGUUUCAUCCAGAAUUAAGGACAGUGUGUUUACACUAUUUUCUCCCGACUUGCACAUUGGAUUAAGCCCAAUUAUUAACAGGUUUGUUGAUCACAUAAAACAUGAACACUGUCUGCGACUAUCAUUAAUUACUAUGAUAACUAUUUUUAUGGGUUAUUUAGGGCAUGGAGGAAGGAUAAUAAGGGACAAAUUUAGUCUCCAAAUGAAGUUAAUUGAAAUAUUUUUGUUCCAAUUUGUUUUUUUUAUUGAUUUAUUCAUUUAUAACUUACCUCGCUUUUAAUAUUCAAACUGUAUGAUUAUAUAUUCAUUGUAUGUAAAUUUAUUCAUAAUUUUGCAACUAGACUAAUACAUAAUGAGGUGCAUAUAUUAUAACUUAUGUUUCAAUAUGAAUAUGAUAACAAAUAAUGCAUAGGUAUGGGUAGAACUUGGUUGUAUUUUUCAUGGACAAAUGUUUGUAAAAAAUAAUGUAUAAAAUUGUGGCACUUUUCGUCAAUCAAAAAAAAUGUUUUGAGUCAAACAUGGUCAAACCAACAAAGAAUAAACAAAUUGAUGAAGAUAAGUUUGACUCAAGGCUGUUUAAGACCAGUAAUCCCACCGAUGUUAUUUAUAAAGAUUAUUAUUAAACCGUCUCAAAAACCUAAAAAUAUAUAUUGUAGAAUCAUUUUAUAAAACAUGGUUUGUGGGCGCGUAUUAGUUUAUUACCCAUAUCUGCCUCGCCUCCCAUAGAACACAAAUGCUGUUAGCAGCUAAUCAACCAUUUGCAAGUUAGAUUUGAAUAUUGUCUGAAUACAAUCCUCAGACUAUAGAGACAGUUGCUAUGUCACAUCGAGCAAGCUUUUGCGUACUUGCGUCAGAGACUAUGAAUACCUAUACACAAUUCUGAAUGAAGCUAUGUCACAUCAAGCAAGCUUUUGCGUACUUGCGUAAGAGACUAUGAACACCUAUACACAAUUCUGAAUGAAUGUGUAUGGUAAAAUAAUGGUACCAGGGUUUGCUUAUAUCUGGUAUGCAAAGGCUUG